AUGGUCAUUUCAUUGGUGAUAGAACGACCGCUUGACUUGGAUAUGCAAACAUAAAGCAACAGACUAGCGACAUGGAAGGACUUGGGAACAAUAGAAUGGAGUCACAGCUUGUGUUCAUAGUAAGUGCCUGUCUGCUAGUAUCAGCAACUGCAAAUGGGGAGUAUCUGAGACCCCAACCUCGUAAAACCUUGAACUUGCCAUGGAACUCAGUGCCCUCUUCUCAUCCCCAGCAGGUGCAUGUAUCUUUGGCCGGAGACAAACACAUGCGAAUUACAUGGAUCACUUAUGAUAAGUCAGCUCCAUCAAUUGUUGAAUAUGGAACAGAACCUGGGAAAUACAACUUUAUAGUUGGUGGAGAGAGCAUCUCUUACACUUACCUAUUCUACAGCUCAGGACAAAUACACCACACUGUCAUUGGUCCUCUGGAAUAUGAUACUGUUUACUUUUAUCGUUGUGGGGGACGAGGUCCUGAAUUUCAAUUGAAGACCCCUCCAGCUCAAUUCCCAGUUACUUUUGCCGUAGUGGGUGAUUUAGGUCAAACUGGCUGGACUAAAACAACACUAGACCACAUUGACAAAUGCAAAUGUGAUGUGCAUCUGCUGCCUGGGGACCUGUCAUAUGCUGAUUUCAUGCAGCAUCUCUGGGACACUUUUGGGGAGCUGGUACAGCCACUUGCUAGUGCCAGGCCAUGGAUGGUAACUGAAGGCAACCAUGAAGAGGAGAUGAUACCACUGCUCAAGGAUGGAUUUCAGUCCUAUAAUGCUAGAUGGAAAAUGCCAUUUGAAGAGAGUGGAUCAAGCUCCAAUCUUUAUUAUUCUUUUGAUGUUGCAGGGGUUCAUGUUAUCAUGCUUGGUUCUUUUGCAGAUUAUGAUGCGUAUUCAGACCAAUAUAGCUGGUUGAAGGAUGAUCUUUCAAAUGUGGACCGUAAAAGGACACCUUGGCUAGUUGUGCUAUUUCAUGUGCCCUGGUAUAAUAGUAACCAUGCUCAUCAAGGUGAAGGAGAUGAAAUGAUGGCAGCCAUGGAACCAGUGCUUUAUGCUGCUGGUGUUGACUUAGUGCUUGCAGGUCAUGUUCAUGCUUACGAACGCACGACACGUGUUUACAAUGGAAUAUCAGAUCCUUGUGGUGCUGUCCAUAUAACUGUUGGAGAUGGAGGAAACAGAGAAGGUUUAGCACACAAGUAUAAGAACCCCCCACCUGAGUGGUCAGUCUUCCGUGAAGCAAGCUUCGGGCAUGGUGAGCUCAGGAUAGUGAAUUCAACUCAUGCAUUUUGGAGCUGGCACCGUAAUGAUGAUGAUGAGUCGGUGAGGUCUGACGAGGUGUGGAUAACCUCUCUGAUCGAUUCUGGAUGCCUUGUCAAGAAGAAUGAUGAACUAAGGAAGAUCCUCCUGGAACAGUAGAAUGGUCAUGUCUUGGGCUAUGGUUCAAAAUAUCUCACGUGUAAAUUCAAAACUGAAACCCUGUGAUGGUUAUGUAGAAUCUGUAAUAGCUGCUUGACACGAUGGAAUGCCUGGCCCCUUCAAGCAUUCGAUAGGCCAUUGUCACACGUGAAUAUGCAGAACCGUGUGAUGGGUAUGUAGAAUCUCUUGUUCUGUAUGAGUAUUUGGCAUUAUACUGUUUCAAAAGCUGUAACUUGCAUUUGUCCUGACCGUUGUGGGUGUAUACAGGAAGGCAAAUGUUAGAUUCU